AUGGAAUACGGCCGUAUCAGCACACGCCACCAGUCGGACGAGCCCUCAAGUAAGACCCGGGGAAAGAAGCCAAUCACUAGGAACGCCAAGGCGGCGCAGACCAUCUGCUCGCGAGGGUAGCGGAUUAUCGGAUGACGCUACUACAUCGGGUGAACGUCAGCGAACUUCCUCGGAACCACCUCAAGGCGGAAACAGGCAACGCCGGCAGGGAAGUGAACCGGAUCCAGACGGUGAGUCGCGAGAAAGAGGAACGCCA